UUUGCUGGGUGCUUCUGAAAAGAGUACCAGACGGGCGUAGCCGCUCUCCGAGUUUACGACCGACCCGAAGCACUGGGGUUUCAGAAGGGGUUUAAGCCAAGAAGAAAGAAGACCGGAAAGAAACUCCUCCCAUGGCGUCUUCUUCCUCCUCCUUCGCCUCCCUCUCGCGGCGUCUCCUCUGUCGCCCUCUCCUCCCCCGCCCCUUCCUCUCCUCCUCUCGCUUCUUCUCCACUCCCCUUGUCGGCGACGAGCCCGACUCCGACGAUUUCCGUCCCGAUGCCGACCAAUCCACUCAGUCUUCCUCCUCCUCCCCCCGCGCAACCCCUCAGCAGCGCCUUCAAUUCGAGCACCCCCUCGAGAACGGCCUCGACCCUGGGGUCUACAAGGCUAUAUUGAUCGGCAAGGUCGGGCAGAGACCGGUCCAGAAGCAGCUGAAGAGCGGGCGAGUGGUGGUGCUGUUUUCCCUUGGGACGGGUGGGAUUCGGAACAACCGGCGGCCGCUCGAAAACGAGGACCCGAGGGAGUAUGCCGACCGUUGCGCCGUGCAGUGGCACCGGGUCUGCGUGUACCCGGACCGCCUCGGAAACCUCGCCGUCAAACACGUCUUGCCUGGAUCUAUUUUAUAUUUAGAAGGCAAUCUGGAGACCAAAGUAUUUAGUGAUCCAAUAACCGGACUCGUUAGGCGCAUAAGAGAAAUUGCUAUCCGCCGAGACGGUCGUCUCAUCUUUCUUGGUAAGGGUGGCGAUGCCAGCCAAUCAGAACAAGCUGCAGUGAGAAGUGUGGGCUACUACUAAGGUGAUGUUAAAGAUGAUCCUGGAUAAUGCAUUGUUGCAGGGAUGAAAAGCACAAUGCUGCAACUAUUCAACAUGCGAGAGAAAUAUCAACAUAUGAUUUUCCAGUUGCAGAAUCUGGUGAUCAACCAUGCAACUAUGUGCUCAUAGUGUUAGCCUUUGGCUGGGUCAGAUGCUUUCAAUUGAUGAUUGUGAUUGGCCAUAAAAAUGCAGGAUGUGAUGAGUAUUUUGCUCCAUGAACGCAAGCUAAAUUUGAUGAUUACAUUGUCAAUCAUAUCAAUCUAUCAAAUUUACAAUUUGGGGAGGCUGGCUUUUGUUUGUUUUGGUUACUCUAUCUUUCCAUCCAACCUUGUCCAAACAUUAUUUGAAAUGCUUCUUAUUCAAAGAAUUUUGUUACAUUAUGAAUUCUUAUGUAUGUUCUCAUUUUGUUUGCUCUUUCAGCACAAAUUCUGUUGGACCACUAUGAUGGAUUGGCAUCUCUCUCUCUCUCAUGUGUGUGGUGGGUAUGCGUGCAUUGCUUGUGUGCCCGUGCACAUGUUUGCAUUUGUAAUCUAACAUACACUGGAAGCAAAAAGAGCAUUUGCAUUUGCUAUUAGAUUCAAUGGUGAAAGUUGCAGAGUGAGUCUGAACUGUUCGGUGUGAUCUAAAAAGUUAAAAAUGUCUGAAAAUGAGACAGACAAUAAGAUUAUCUUUUGGAAA